UCCAGUGUUACCGUUACCAUUUGAAUUUUGAACAGCGGAGAUAAGGGGGGAAGGAAAAGGGGGUUUGGGUUUUGGAAGGAGAAGCAAUGGCAGAGAAGAAGAUACAAAGAGCUUCCUUUGGCUUCUCAUGGGCAGAUGAAGUGGAAAGGGAGGAGCGAGAGGAGGAAGAAGUGAAGGCCUUCCGAAGGAAAGAGGAGGAGAAGUCCAACAGGAAGCCGAACCCUUUUGGGCCUGCGAGGCCUCGAGAAGUGGUGCUCGAAGAGAAAGGCGUGGAUUGGAGGAAGCUUGAUGAGGAACUGGAUUUCCACUCCAACCUCAGGAAGAACAAGAAGAAGAAGGAAAAUAUUUUUAUGACAACAGCACCAAUUAGCAAGCAAGAGCACUCAUCCAUGGGACUGCGUAACCCGAAUCAAAGCAAGCCAGAAAUCCAAAAUGCAAUAACUGUUUGUCCCCACAAGCUGAACCAACAUAUUGAUGAGCUUGUUCCCCCAUUGAAGUAUCCUCCCAAAAACAUCAUGGCUCUAAUGCAGCAGAUACGGAGGGGUCGCACUGAUAGACCAUAUGAGAAUGUGGAAAAUUUGCAUCUGAAUCGAUAUCCAUGCAAAUCAGACAUGAUGGGGCACAUGAACCAUUGGCCAAUCGAUGCUUCUCAUAGUCGGACAGCUCAAGCCCAUUUCUGUGUGAACAUGACAGAAGCAGGCCAUGUUAGAGUUUGUCCCAAAUUUGGAACCAUGAGGGGUAGUGAGAAUAUGGGAUCAAAUUGCAAAAGAAAAUAUUUUGGAGACAGAUAUCAAAGUGGAGGAGCAGAAGAAAUACAAGCAAAUGUAAGAGAAUUCAUUAACUGUAGGGAAAGUUACAAGGAUGAUGAUGAGAAUCACUGGGACAACCUCAAAGAUGGAACUGGAAGAAGAGAGAACUAUAUUCAAGGUAAAAGACUCAUGUGUGCAAGAGAAAAAAGGCAAGAAAAUGGAAGGAAAAUUCUUGUUGAUAUGAACAUGGAUAGAGGUUUUCUUGGAAUGAAUUGCAAGUUUGGAGAAGACUACUGCACUGAUUAUGUUGAAGAUAGGAAUGGAAGGAGGAAUUAUAUUGUCUUGGAGUCUAUAAACCCACCUAGGAAACCACUUGGAUGGGAACAUAGUUCACAGAAUUAUGACGCAGAGUGGGGCAGUUUUGGAGGGACGAAGGAUAGAGUUUUUAUAUCAGCUUCCAAAUGACUGAGCAUGUAGGGAGGGAGCAAGAGGGAACAAGAGCAAAGAAGAGCCAUGAUGCAUCACACAAGAAAGGUGCAUGCUAUGGAGAUAAUAACAGCAAGAAGAGGGGCUUGCUCUCAGCACCACCCAAGUCUGGUUCUCACCAGAGGAGACAGAAGAAACAAGCUGGGAAGUAAAUGUUUCUAGGUGAGUUUUACUGGACCAAGUUGACAGGCAAUUGGUCAAGACAGUCCAAAUGAGAGGGGCUUGAAUGCUUUUUCCUAACCAUUUUCAUCUGAAUUGUGGAAGGCUAAUGUUAUAGGAGAUGUUACUUCUGAAGUAGGAGAUGUUAUACUUGGAAAAGUGAAGUCAGAUGGGUAGUGAAAUUUCUUUGUAAUAUUAAUAUCCAUGUCAUAGGAUUUAUGUUAUUAAUUAUACUCAAAUGCACCAUGUUCACCUAUUCUAUAUUAUGUAAAAUUUAUACUAGGAAGAAA